AUGUCAUUAUCAUCAUCAUCAUCUCUAUUAAUUUUUUUUUUAUUUUUUUUUGCCGUCUUCAGUUAUAAAAUAAACGAAGACAAAACAAAAUGUCCAAGAGUGAAAGCGUUGAGAAACAUCGAUUUGAACGAGCUUAUGGGAAUAUGGUACAUCGUUGAAUAUUAUGCGAGUUCUGAAGAAAUGCCAGAAUAUAGUUGCAUGAAAGCCAAAUUUACUCUCUCCCAUGAAAAUCUCGACAUAUCGAUGAAAUUCAAUUAUAGUUUCGUGGACGAUCCGGAUCGUGAAAAAUUAUCUGGUAAUAUCACGUGGCAGAUACCCGAUUUCAAUCAGCCGGCACAUUGGAUACACGCUGAAGACACGUACGAGGGUAUAUACAACACGUACGUAUUGGAUUCGGAUUAUCAAUCCUUUGGCUUGUUAUUGCAUUGCGCGGAAAAAUCGGGGAGCACUCGGUACUUAUCCAGUUUGAUAUUGAGCCGAAAUCAAAGUCUUAAAAUUAACAUAAUUAAUUACCUGAGAGAAAAAUUACCACGUUACGACAUCGAUUUGGAAUACAUGUUUCCGGUCGCGCAAAAAAAUUGUCACGGGUCAUCGCAGAAAAAAUUUCCACAAACCGGAAACGGAAGUUUGAAAACGAAAAAUAACAAGGGUGGUAAUAAAAAACAAAAUCCGUUGAAAAAUCAUAGGAUUUAA